UGGUCUCCGUGUUGUUUACCUGCACUGACUCAUCGCUGCUCUCGGAUCUGGUCGCUAAACUGAGCUGCUCGCUGAAUAAAUCUCCGCGUCGUUUCUUUGAGUCGCAGUUUGGACUCGUUGCUGUCGAAGUUCAGCAUGUCGUCUUUGGAAGUUCUCGGUGUGCAGCUUCCAGCCGCAGAGAACCCGGUGAAGAUGGUUAAAUCCACCGCAGCAGGUCCGAGGAGAGCUGCUCUGGGAGAGAUCACCAACUACACUGCAGCAGCAGUCAACACGAAGAGGCCCGGACGAGCCAAAGCAUCAUCCAAACCGUCUUGUGCCCAGAACACUCGACCCAUCUCGGUCCCGGUGGUGCAUCCAGUAGUCCAGGUCCCAGCUCCUGCAGACCCUCUCCCCUCCGUCUCAGAGGAGUCGGCUGACGUGUCCAUGAAGGAGGAGGAGGCGCUGUGCCAGGCUUUCUCUGAGACGCUGCUCACCGUGCAGGACGUGGACGAGCAGGACGCAGACCAGCCGCAGCUCUGCUCACAAUACGUCAAAGACAUCUAUAAAUAUCUCCACGUGCUGGAGGAGCAGCAGGCUGUACGAGCCAACUACAUGCAGGGUUACGAGAUCACUGAACGCAUGCGAGCGCUUCUGAUCGACUGGCUGGUCCAGGUUCACUCCAGGUUCCAGCUGCUGCAGGAGACUCUGUACCUCACAGUUGCAGUCCUGGAUCGAUUCCUCCAGGUCCAGCCGGUCUCUCGCAGGAAGCUGCAGCUCGUCGGUGUGACCGCCAUGCUGGUGGCCUGUAAAUACGAGGAGAUGUACGCGCCAGAGGUCGGAGACUUCGCCUACAUCACUGACAACGCCUUUACAAAGGCUCAGAUUCUGGAGAUGGAGCAGGUGGUCCUGAAGACCCUCAACUUUGAGCUCGGACGUCCUCUUCCUCUACACUUCCUCAGACGGGCUUCCAAGGUGGCCGAUUCUGAUGUAGAGAGACACACUCUGGCCAAGUAUCUGAUGGAGUUGACCCUCAUCGACUACAACAUGGUUCACUAUCGGCCCUCUGAGAUCGCUGCUGCCGCCCUGUGUCUCUCCCAGCUGCUGCUCGAAGGACUGCCGUGGUCUGCCACACAGCAGCACUACUCGACCUACGACGAGGCCCAUCUGAAGCCCAUCAUGCAGCACAUCGCCAAAAACAUUGUGAUGGUGAACGAGGGGAGGACAAAGUUCCAGGCUGUGAAGAGAAAGUACUCGAGCAGCAAGCUGAUGAAGAUCAGCCUCAUCCCUCAGCUGCAGUCGUCCAUCGUCAAGAACAUGGCUGCUCUGCUCAACAAUCCCUGAAGCUAACUAACUUUCACCAGAGGAUGUUUCACUUGCACUUUAUUUUUAGAUCACUGUGGAGAAACUUGACUAGUUUUUAAUAAAAUGUUUUUAUAAUUUUUGAUUCAAGCUUUGUGGUUUGUUGCUUUUAAUCGUUCGUGUUUGAUGCGCCGGCGUGGAGACAUUUGUACAGCUUCCAGUCAGAAGUUGUUUGCAACGAAGUUCUUAGUAAAUUCUCUAAAGUUCGAAGAUUUUCUCACUACAUGGUUUUAUUUCAGCUUUAGUCUUUUUCGGGACAUGUGCCUUAUUUUUGUUUGUCUUAAAUAUUAUGUUUUGUUCUGUGCUUUAGUUGAAUCUUGUUUACAUUGUGCCUAAUUUGCAUUUAUGGUGUACAUUGAUUUGAUCUCUGACUUGUGUCUACUUUUGUCCAUAAAGCUAAAUAAAACACUUCAAAUACUCUGA